AUGACAACUUCCAUAACUACAGAAACAAAUAAAUUUAUCAAACAAGAACUUUCUAACGUACUUAAAGAGUAUGAUUAUGGUGUUAUACCAAAUUCAAUAAAAAUAUUACCUACAAAGAGUUUAAAUCCUGAUGCUCAUCAAUCUUCUUUAUUUCAACUUACUCUACUAGAAAAUAUUAAAUUAAUUAUUACAAUUGCUGAAGAAGGUUAUAUUAUUACAGAAGCAGAUCCAGUCGAUGUUACUGUUAAUGAAGAUUUGGAAUGUGCAAAAAAAUGGAUUAAUAAACCUUUUGAGACCAUGGAAGCUUUAUUAUUAGCAGUAUCUCCCAAAUUUGGUGACAAAUUUCAUCAGGCUUUGUUUUCUAAUUUAUCAAAUUUAUCUCAACAAUCUAUAGGAAACAUCACAAACAAUUAA